AUGCAAUCAUUCUUUUCUACACUCACUGGUCUUGCUUCCUUGCUCUCGUUACUCGGAAAUGUACAGGCUUUAUCCAACUCAACGAACGGCCCCUCGUGCGGAGUCGCCAAGGCAGACGACAGCUCCUACUUCAGUGUCGUUGGAGUCCAGGGAACUGGAGUAUACCCGCGACAGGAGCUCCGUGAGCUUGAGAAAGACGCGGAACUAUGGAACAUCUUUAUCCAGGCGUUUUCUCGCUUCCAGGCUAUGGACCAGAGUCAAAAGACCUCUUUCUACCAGGUUGCAGGGAUACACGGAGUGCCCUUCAAACAAUGGGAUGGCGUAAAUGGAACAGCUGGCCAAGAGAUGAUGGGCUACUGCCCUCAUACAUCUAGCAUGUUUGGUCCGUGGCACCGACCGUAUCUCGCGCUAUUCGAGCAGGUUCUCCAUGAUCGCGCUGUAGACGUUGCCAAUGAGUAUCCUAUUGGCGAGGCCCGUAACAAGGCCUUGGACAUCGCCAAACGCGUGCGCCUUCCAUACUGGGAUUGGGCGAUGGAUCCGCCGAACGUACAGGAAGGCGUCGUACCUGAAAGUGUUCGUUGCCGAACGCAAACUGUCACUUUUCCCAAUGGCACUGUAGCCGACAUCCCGAACCCGCUAUAUCGAUACGAUUUCCAUCCGCUGAAGUACGAUGAUUUUGCUCCUUUGAGCGAAUUCGAGUUCAAGUACUGGAACCACACUAUUCGGUACCCACUUGAUCCGCAUGCUGCCAAUGCUACUAGCCGUAACAGCGAUGUCAACGCGCGAGUCGGCAAACAGCAACCUAACCUCCGCGACAUGCUUUACAAGUUGUUGACGACCUACCAGCCGUUCAGUCAAGUAAGUAACAAGGCGAAUGGCGGCAAGAUUGGGAAUUUCGAGACACUUCACGAUGGUCUGCACAACGUCUUCGGAUUGGGUCAUAUGGGUAUCGUCGAGGUUUCGGCGUUUGACCCCAUCUUCUGGUUUCAUCAUUGUAACAUCGAUCGAAUCAUAGCCAUGUAUCAAGCCCGUUAUCCUGAUACUUGGAUUGAAGACGCUGUACAGCAUUCAGGCACGUUCGCCGUUGCCAGGGGUAGUGUUCUCGGGACUGCUUCGCCAUUGGCACCGUUCCAUAUGAACGCUCUCGGCGAUAUGUGGACUGCCACCACUUCGCGGAACUGGACUUCCUUUGGAUACACCUACCCUGAGGUUGCCAACAACCCUAGCAACGCAACACUGACAUCUUCCAUCAAUCACUUAUACAAGGCUCAGACUCAGGGCUUGAGCGAUACCAACUCGACAGUCCCGGCUCCAGGCAGUGGCACGAACAACCGUACGGCACAGGCUAUCGACUGGCAAUGUGAAGUCAACAUGCCAACCGAUAUCAAGAUAUCCUACUCCGUUCGCGCCUUCCUUGGUGAACCAAGUUCCAACCCGAUUGACUGGCCUACGGAUCCCAACUAUGUUGGUCAGCUCGCAUCCAUGUCUUCUCCACGAAUGAGUUCCUCGGUCAUCGUCACAGGUAACAUCGGCCUGACCGAGAAGCUUGCGCAAAAGCAUGCCUCUGGCGAGCUCAAGAGCCUGGACAAGGAAACUGUGCAAGCCUACCUGAAGGAGAAGUUCAGCUGGCGCAUUCAGGCUCUGGACUUCAGCGAGAUCCCACGUAACAAGCCUCCGGCUGGCUUGAACGUCACCGUUUUUAACGUGCCAGUCAGCAUCCCAGAGUCCGACACCGAAGUGCCUACCUGGAACGGUGAUGUCGAAUACAAUGACGACAUCGAAGGUAACCCGCCCGUAUAUGAUGGACCUGGUCCUGACGGCACGAACUCGACUCUCCCUGCUGACGAGGCGAGUGGUUCUUACAAUGUUGGCACCGGCGAGUUCGAGUGGAAGAAAGCACCGGAUGUUGCGCCAGUGCCGGCGGAUCCCAAGACUGAAACUAGGCUCUUGGAGUCCGUCAUCACGCAGUAUGUGACACUUGGUGCUUCUGCUGCCCAGACGUCCACACCCAUGUCGACGGCUGUCCAGGUUUCUAGCAAGAAGAUUGUGUCAGAGGCGCCUGUAUCUACUGCACCCACUGUCUCGGAGCAAGCGCCUGAACCAACUGCGCCCGCUGACCCGAGAACUACGGUUGUGACUUCUGUGAUCAUGGAGUAUGUCACCGUAUAG